CUUUAUGGGUGUGGCUCAGUCUCACUGCAGCAAGAAAGUGAAAUUAAAGAAAUCAAGAAAGAAGAGGAAUUAUGAGUUUCGUACAGGUUAGACCCAGUUCUGGCGGCGGUAGUGGAUCAUUAGCAGCUGAGAGGACCCCAUUCUAUGGCGCCAGAAUACCAGACGAAGUGAAACUGAUGUUCAAGGCCAUGAAAGGCAGUGAUGCUGCCACUGUCAAAAAGAUACUGAAAUUUGUGAGUCAGUCGUUAGAGGCUUCUUCUUCUUCUACUGGUGAUUCUUCUCUCUCUGAGUCCUUCCUCUCUCUCUCUACUCCUAAAUCAACUGAAGAGACUAACAGGAUCAUCUACUCUGGACUGGCUCUUUUAAUAAAACUAGCUAUACGUCAUCCUAACCUGAAACAAGAGAAUUUCAAGGAUGAUUUGGCUCAGAUUAAGAUUCCUGCAGAAGUUAUUACAGAUAUUAGCAGCUUAGUGUUUGGGAAAAGAAGUCAGAGAAUCAAAGAAUCUUUAAAAGAGAAGAUGGUUAGAUUCCCUCAACUUGAGUCCCUGAAAUGGAGAGUUGAUGUUACCAUAUCAAACAGUUCACUCAAUCGGGUCCUGGAGCCUUCAGUUCUGAUGGAAAUGAAACUAUCAAACGGAAACAUUAAAACUUUUGAGGUAUCAGCCAGCCGGUUUCAUGAGCUAAGAUACAGUGUUGCUUUUGUACUCAAAGAAAUGGAAGAAAUGGAGAAAAGAAAUAUCAUUAAACGAGACUGAAAAACAAGAAUAAUAAUAAUUAUUAUAUAUUAUUAAUUAAUGAUGCAGCAAUUAUGAUAAAUAAAUAAUAACACAAAACACAUAAAUAUGGACAACAACUCAA